GCAUAAGUCAAAAGUAUUAUUCACAUCCGUCCAUUUCUACAUGGGCAAAGGGAUGGAAAUAUAUGCUGUAUUUGUUCAUUUCUUGUAGAUGUUGUAUUUCUUGUAAGUACAAACCCUCUCUUUUUUUCGAACACAGAACAAUGUUUUCUACGUUGUUGUCAGAAGUCUCCAUCCGCACAAUCGCGGUGUUUUUGGUCGUCUUCCUCACCCUUCUCUUCUUCUUCAAACGACGUAAGAACCUCCCACCGUCACCGAGUGGGAGCUGGCCUGUUGUCGGCCACCUGUUGUCCCUCGGCCGAGCGCCCCACCUGAAGCUUACGGAGUGGAGGAAACGGUAUGGCGACGUGUACACUGUUCGAAUGGGGAUGGAAGACGUGGUGGUUCUGAACGGCUACCGGGCCAUCAAAGAGGCGCUUGUGGACUACAAGGACGCUUUCUCUAGCAGGCCAAGCGUGUAUGUGCUGAAUCUGAUUUCUGGGUUUGGAAAAAACAUCGGCGUCUCAAAAUUCAACCAAGCCUACAAAGAAAAACGCAAGUUUGCCUACAGUGCGCUGAGAAACCUGGGAAUAAAAAUGGGACCGGGCAGUAUGGAAGAGAGCAUCAGAGAAGAGGGUCGUCAGCUCUGUCUAAAGUUGUCCGAACAAGGGGACGUACAUCCACGUGACAUCACCGACAACCUGACUGUGUCAGUCGCCAACAUCACCUGCUCCAUGGUGUUCGGGAAACGUUACGACUAUGAUGACGUCACGUUUGUAGAACUGACCAAAAGCAUAAACAAACUGGUCGCCCAACUUGGAUCGAGUCAGCUGAUGACCGUAUUUCCAUUUCUGCGAUUCAUACCGGGAGUUAAUUCAUCAAACAGGAUUCUUGUCGAAUGCCUAAACGAGGUCCAGGCAUACCUUCGACAUGAAAUUACAAAGCAUCGCGAGAACCUGGACAACGAGAAUCCACGAGACUUCAUCGACCUCCUCCUCACCGAACUACAGACCCAAGAGAAGACCGACUGCUUAACAGAGGAGAACAUUGUGUUUAUAAUCCAAGACCUGUUUACUGCUGGAGUCGAGACCACAGUCACCACCUUGCGAUGGGGUCUUCUGUACAUGGUUCUGUGUCCAGAGGAGCAGCAGAAGGUCCAAGCUGAGCUGGACAGUAUCCUGGGAACAGACCAUGACGUGCCCACCCUGGCCCACAGGUCCCAGCUCCCGUAUACUGAGGCUACUAUCAUGGAGAUCAUGCGAAUCAGGGCCAUCGCUCCCAUUGCUGGUCCUCACGUUCUUCUCAACCUGUUGUCAGCUCAUAUGGACCCAAAGUUCUGGCCGGAUCCAGAGAAGUUUGACCCCCGGAGGUUCCUUGGCUCUGACGACAAUGUGGUCCGUAGGCAGGAAUCCUUCAUGCCUUUUUCUACUGGACGUCGUGCCUGCCUCGGUGAGCAGCUGGCUAAGAUGGAGCUGUUUCUUCUAUUUUCUUCCCUCCUGAAACACUUCACCUUCAAGUUGCCAGAGGGCGCCGCUGCACCUUCGACAGAUGGCUGCCUGGGUUUAACUUUGGCCCCACCAACAGUGAAUAUGUGUAUAAUUCAGCGCUAG